CUCCUCCAGAUCAGGUGAUCAGCGGAUUCUGAGUGUUACCUUUUCGGGGCUGGUCGUGCAGCUCGCCCCGGGGGGAGGAGGAGGAAGAGGAGGUGGUAGUGGUUGUAGUAUUGGUGGUGGUGGUGGUGGUGCAGCAGCAGCAGUAGGAGCACUGACAACAGCAGAGAGGAGGACUGUAGCUACUAUAUCCAUGCUCCUGAAGAAAGGAUCGGGCACAGUAUGGGCUGACUGACCACACAUCUAUUUUGGGGCUUCUUUCUUGAACUGUCUUGAACGAUGGACGAGCCAAACAUCCUGAGACGCCGUGGUCUACAGGUAAACGAGUCUUCCACGACAGCAGCCGGAUGUAGUUGGCAAAUAUCAAUUGAUACGAUAUUAUGUAGCAUUGGCGACGUGGCAUGAUGUGAGGGAUUGCUUUAGGAUUAGCUUUAGGUGUAGCAGUCGAAAUGUUUUAUUUUUAAAUUUUAUUAUUGAUUAAUUCUCCUUUACAAUAGUGUAGACCACUGGUUCAUCUUUAGGAUUCUUAAAAUGUCUUAAAUGUGGUGUUGAACCUUUAACACAGUUGUUGGUGGAGGCUUUAUAAUGUGUUCAUAGUGUCUGUACAGUAGAGAAUCUCGUGUUUAUUUUGGGGCUGGCCAUUGGUGCUCUGGUGGAUCUGGUUGCCUAGGUGAUAGGAGCAUGAAACCCGGGGAUGAUUGGCAGAAACAUCCCUUUAAUCUCCACCCUGGUAGCAUGUUUAUUACCAAGAAAUGCCCACAAUAAGAAUAAUGAGGAGUUUUUUUCCCCCUUUCUCUCCUGUAGUUCAUUCAUGUGUGCAUUCUCUGCAUUAAUGAGGGGGCUGUAUUAUUCCUCCUGAGGAGAUGAUGUUUUUGAUGAAAGACACAGUACAAACUGGGCGUUCACAUUCAGUAUUUGUGAAUAGUGUCUGAUUUAACCAUACCUUCAUCUGCAAUUUAGAUGUACUUGAAGUAGAGACCCUUACUAAAAAAGGACAUGAUGUUAGUCAUCAGAUCAUUCAUGCUUUGCCACUUUAUCUACUGUGGUGUUAAAAGGAAGAAUAACAUUAGUCUAUUAAUGCUUGAGUGUUUUGUUUUGCAGUAAAAGUACAGUUGAAAUGUUUUCAUUUGGAUAAGCGUUGUUUUAAUGUCUAAAUUGUGUUUUAUCCAUUAACAGUAUCUCAUCAACUAUCAUAUACAUUAUAUUAAUCAAAUGCUUAUUACAUUAACUAAGCUAAAUUGUAAAUAUUAUAUUUAUUGAUCAGUUUGUAAUAUUGUUUAUGCUUUGGCAAUAUUGUUUAGACUCUCACACCAAAAAACUCUCACACCUCAACUAAACUGAAAUAUAAAAAACAGGAGCACAUGUAACCUUUGAAAGGGGUAUUCCAGGGUAAACUUAAUUUAGGGUCAAGCACACCAUAACACUGAGUUAGACAGUUGUACCAACUUUAGUAAUGACAACACGAUAGCAAUACACAGCGGUCUGAGGAGCCAUAAACAAACCUCAACCAAAACGCCACUCUAUAGCCACAAAUAAUGCUCAGAACAGCACUUCAUCAACAGUACAUAAAGGGUCCCAGACACAGCACUAGCCACCAAACAUCUUUUUACUUCUGCCUAAUUUCUUUAGCAAAGAGACUAAACACAACUCACCUACUCUCUUCCAGCAGCCGCUUGUUUGUAGCGAGACCUCGGUCCAAUCCAUUAUGGACUGCUAUGUGGUGACGCAGCUCAAGGAGGAACAUUUAUGAUCAUUACUUUAUCAUUUUCUUGAAGUAAUAAUCAUCAUAUUAAUCAUUUUGCACUGCAGACACAGUAGUUCUUCUGCCUGAGCAUCUCGGUCCGAUUGCAUUUCCAUGAAGAAAUAAUCAUAAAUGUUCUUCCUUGAGCUGCGUCAUCCCGCUGUUGUCUGUAAUGGACUCGCCCGAGUUCUUGCUACAAACAGCAGUAAGACAGAAGCAAGCAGUUGACAGCAUUCAUCUCUCAAGGGGGUGUCUAACUUUAAUUAAUUUUACGCCGGAAUAUCCCUUUAAGUCUGUUGCUGUUUCAUUUAUUUAACCAGUCAUGCAAAAGUCCACACUGUGAGGUGGUAGCAUUGUGCCCGUUUUCUUCAAUUUGGUGGAUGUCUCUUUCACCAAUAAGUAAUAUGAUGCAUUCGAGCGUCCUUGGUGUCACUCUUAUUAUUCAGAAGUAGUCGCUGUUGUAGGACUUUGACCAUUUGGACUCAAAUAUUUGACACUGCCAAGUAAUAACUGGGAAAGUGGGGUGAUACAGUAGCAGAAGAGAAAAAAAAGAAGAGCAGACAAGCAUUGAGAAAAGUAAAAUUCAAAGCCCUUUGUUGGAAAGUCAUCAUUGAAAAGAUAUGAAGUGUGACUGGCUGAAAAAAAUAUCAGAUUUUCUUUUGAAUUUUACAACUUUCAGCUCCAAUUAUGUGUCUAAAUGUGACAGCUAGAUACUUGCUGAGAUGAGCUGGCUUUAGAGAAAUGGGGAGGAUAACGUCAGUGAAUUAGCUUCAUCUGGAUUUUGUGCAUUAGCAGCUCUCUCAGGAAAGCCACCCCUCCUUGUCCUGCAAAAUCCUGAUUGGCAAGGGCUAUUAAGCAGUUGCCGGAGCUCAAAUGCAGUACCCGUGGGCCAGUAUAGAUUUAUCCUCACAGUUAACAACCUCAGGACCCACUGAUCUGGAGAGAAAGUAGGGCACACUGCAGCUGAUGAUAUUUGCACUAUGAAAGGAAGUCAAGUAGGAGGGGGGCGGGGCUGCAUGCAGGGAAAGCCAUAUACAAAUCCUUGAAAAUCCUAAAUAAAUGCCACAAUCUUCCCUGUUUGCUUUAAGGAACCUGUUAUGUCUCAAGUACCCCAAAUAAGAGUUGUAAAAUCCUUUUAAAGCUCAAAUGCUAUAAAAAUGUCUACUAUUAAGUCAGUGCAAACAAAAGUAAGAAAAUCACGUUUUACACUCAGUUUUUUAAUGCCCUAUUCUUAUGUCCAUUUUUUUUCCUCCAUUUCUCCCCCUCUAGAAAGAGCUGAGUCUUCCGCGCAGAGGAAAUGUGUAAGUAAUAACACUUUGCUGUCUGUUUUUGUCUCCUUCUGCCCCACUCUCCUUACCUCAUACCAGCUGAGCAGGUGCCUGUCAGUCGACAGUUUUACUGCUCUCACAUGUCGUACUUAACACAUUUACUUGACCCUCUACUGAGAGGAAGGAACAUUAUGGGGACUGCUUUAAAGUCAGAGCAGCCUCACUGCUCAGACAGGUUUUAUGUAAACUGUGAAAGGGAGGGUUAGAGAUAGAGAUAAGGUGCAAAAACAUUUGAUAUGACAAACUGGAGCGGUCAAUAUAUGCACAAAAUCUCAGUAUGUGGGUCAAGAAGUUAGCUCAUCGCCAAAAAUACACACUUGUGUGAAAAUGUAAAUAUUUGAGUUAGUUUUUCUAGCUUUGCAGCAGCAGCAGAGUUAAUAAUGAGGUUACAACAUUGUUGACCAUUGAAAUAUUUAACUGAGCAAACAAGCUGAGCCAGCUCAUACAGGUAUCUCCUUUGAGCUGUUUGUUUUCUUAAUCAUUUCAUGUGUUGCACAGAAGUGUUCACAGUUCAAAACAUUGGGUAGUCAAUCAAAUGAGGACUCAAACAUGUAAACACCAAGAGGAACUCGCUCAUGUUUUUCCAAAUAGAGAGCUCCCUCAUACCAACAUCCGUCUCUACUGUCUCUUUGACCUGUUUAGGGGCUUUCCAUUAUCUGUAGAGGAGAGAUAACCUGGCCAGUUUCACUGUGAGUCACAGCAAUUGCUCUGUAACCUGAAACAAUGAAUAGCAGAUCACAGGGGGAAGACUGACUGAAUUGAAGAGAUAAAAAAGGAGAAGUUGCGUUUUCUGUGGGGCGUGUGACUCUGUUCACACAGUAUCUAUGGUGGUACGCUCAGGGUGGGAUACUAAAAUGCUGCUACCAUCAAGUAUUUUAGACAGAUUAUUCAAUGGCUAGAGUGAUAUCAUAUUUGAAUUGGUGAGCACCAUGAAGAAAAACUUUGGCUGCAGUGAGAUCACAACAAAUGAACACUUGGCCACUUUGUAGCUAAUAUUUCAAGGAGGUAGGUAGUUGGGAAUUGUAAAAUUUAGACAAUUAAUUCAUGGCUAAAAGUAAAAUUAAAAUAAAAUAUUAAAAAAUUCUCAAGUUGAUACAGAUCAAAUGCAGAGGUAGCUUACGACUUACAUGUGCGGAGCUCUAGGUAAGAAUGAGGCGCAUCAUUUGUUAGCUAAUGUUUAGUAAUAAUGUUUAUAAUGUCCUGGUUAAAUGCCAAUGCAUUGUUGUCUAAUAGUAACAGGUUAUUAAAAAAAAGUGACACACGAACAGUUUGUAAAACUUACUUUGCUUAAAGGACUUGAAACCUGGAUCACACAAGAAAAAUAUUUAUCAGUAGUUUAGAUUUCUGUCUGGGGUGUGAUGACGAAGUGAAACAGCUGCCACAGUUCAAGCUAAUGCAGUUUCAGUUGUCAUCACAAUAUAACUAAUAAUAAUCUACACUGUUGAAAAGAAAUGCUGUUCUUCUAUGAGUCAUGUAAUGUGUCACCUUCUUUCUUGAUGUCUGUCUCAAUUGCCCUUGUUGUUGUUCAUCAAUAAGGAGAAAAAGAGUGAACAGUGUCAGAGAUGGAGACCUCAGACCAGCGGUCCUUUGCGGAUAAUGUGGUUGAGCUUGUUUUGUCCCUCUGUGACCUCCAGCAUACAGUUUAUGUGGACAAUUUGUAGUUUAAAUGUGUGGUCAAGAUUAGCACUUCCAAGUCUGAGGCCAUGGUUCUUAGCCAUAAAAUAAUGGACUGCCCCCUUGAAUUUGAAUUGAGUUUUGUGAAGGAGCUCAGGUAUCUCUGGUUUGCUCUCAGACAGACUAUGGGUUGUUGUGCAGGGCUUUUGAGGUAGGUAAAAAAAGAAAAAGAAAAAAGGAAGGCACGGCCAAGGCAAAGCCAUCAUGUGGCUAAAAUGACUUUCCCCUUAUCCCACCCUUAAAUAGUUAGAAAGGAGCUACAUCAGCUUUCCUUGGAGUUGAAGGUCGUCAGUACAGUAGAAGAUGUAAUCCGAAGAAUCUGUCCUCUGUUAAAGGGUUUACAUCCGCAUAAAACUGGUCAGAAAUCUUGGGCAGAAUUUGAAUAAUUGUGGCGAUUUUAUACGCUUAAGGCUUGGGUAAUGCUCAGGGUCAAUCAGGGGAUAGAAUUGAGUGAGAUGUUUGGCUAUAUUUCUGAAUCUGCUGCCACCACAACCAGAUUUCGAUACACACUAGGAACCAGGCUUAUGAUUUCAAUUUUGUCAUUUAGAAGUUUAUUGAGUUUUGAAUAUUUAAACCACACUUUGAAUUCUUUCAGCAUGAGCUGUUCAGUCCUUGAAAUCCAUGAAAAUCACAUGAGGGUCUCAGUAUUCCUUGAUGACAAAAUGUUGCAUUCAGGUUAACUCGUAAAUUGUAGUGCUAAUAGGACUCACUGUACAUGCGACAUUAGUGCAUGUAAGAUUAACUAAUUUAAACAAGCCACAAGUUAAUAUUUGACCUUGAAACACAAUAUUCCUCAUUCUUACACUCAGGGAGAUUUUAGGGGCGGAUCAUGAGGGAUGCUCAGCCCCUGAAAAGAUUGUGAUAUGUGAAUAUAUUGUCAGUUUAUGAUCUGGUGGGGAAACAAAAUAUCAUAUCAGUGUAAAAGGAAAAAAUAGAAUACACUGUUAUGAAAAUCUGGAGGUGCUUUUAUUAUUAUUUGUGUAAUAACAAUAAUAAUAAUAAUAAUAAUAAUAAUAAUAAUAAUAAUAAUAAUAAUACAUUUUAUUUGUGGGGGCCUUUCAGGGCACUCAAGGACACCUUACAGGGCAAUUAAAAGACACAUCAGUAGAAUAGUAAAAUCAAUAAAAACACAUCAACACAAAAAAGUAUUAGAUAAAAAGUUGUAAGUCUGGACUCUGCAGCAGAACAUCAAAUGCUAGUCUGAGUAGGCCUGUCUGAAAUACUGAGUUUUGAAAUGGGAUUUGAAGAUUGAGAGUGAGUCAAUGUUCCUAAUGUCAGGGGGGAGGGAGUUCAUUAUCAUUACAGGUACAGGUGAUCAUUAUUAUUUCAGGUAACUGUAAGUUAUGGAGAAUCCAUAUUUUAUGACAAAUUGAAAAACACAAUGUGUCAAUAAUUAUAAUACAGCUAUAAGAUAAAGUGAUAUGACUGUUCUGUAAUGUAGCUUACCACUUGCAAAUUAGGAUGACAAGUUUUCUAUUUUAACUAUGCAGAGUCUCUCCCUUUAACUCUGUCUGGUAAAGGACCCACAAGUUAAUAUUAUCUUACCAAAAUAACCUACCAUUUGCUUUGUUUGAUUUAAAGUAUUUUUGAUUUACUCAAAACAAUAUAUACAAUGAAAGAUUCAGAUAUUUCCAAAAUGCCUGUCGGUUUCAAACUAUUGAUGAGCACAUGGCACCGCUAUGAUAUUUUGAGGUGUGCUGGAAUGACAACGCAUAUGCUUAUCCUACUUUUAGCUGGGAGUUGUAUGUGUGCUUGUAAGUAACCCCACAUUUCCGACAGUCCUUGAAGGCAGCGUUGCUUCCUCCUCCCUCCGGCGCGAGCUGACGCGGCUGCGCGUUGCGGCGUUGCUGUUGCUGCUGGAAAGUUUGUAUCACACACUCCUUGUAUUUUGACAAAGCUAUCACUCGACAAUGUCACAGCUGGUGAAGGACAGACUGUUUGGUGAAUUGAGCUGGUAACGUCCACCGAGAGACGGAGCGGGACGGACAUGGCCGUUACAGUCUGUCAUCACCUCGGAGCUGCUGAGCCGCGGGACUGGGGUCAGUUUGUGGCGGAGCUGAAUGGAGUUUCAGUCGUUGGACAUUGCGUACUGGCCUAACCUCCGCCUAUGAUACCAAGUCCAUAUGAGAAACUGGCGAGCAUGAGGUUCCCACAGUAACAAGAGGAUAUUUCUCAUCUGCAUUGGAUUUAUCUGGCGCACCACAAUCACCAUGUCUGACCAAAACUACUACUGGACAGUGUUGCCGAGCUACAAAACUAGUUUUGUGACCGGGGCCAUGAUGAAAAGAUCCAAAGGGUAACGUCGAAACAUUUCUUAUCAUGUAUUUUUCAUGCAGACAAAAGCUGUAUAGUGUCGUUAAAACUGCCGCAAAGCGGAAACGUCUGCCGAGCCUGUAGUUGACAUCAGCUCCCCGCUGUGCUUUUUACCAUUCACUGUCCGACAAACAAGCAAUUUGUUGAACCUUUCUGCUGAGCACGUAAACGCAACCCCCGCAGUGUCUGGUGUCAUUAUCAGCAUUACAGCUCAGAUUGAAAAUGCCUCUGUGGUGUCUGUGAUAAGCCCACAGUGCGAUACUGUAUGUGUCGGCUACAUCCGCCCCAGUUUUUGUUUCCGACAGAGAAACGUGGCCAUUGUAGGGAGUUGUGUUGUGAAUGUGGGCAGACUGCAUUGUCUGCCACCAGCUGUCGCAUACAACGACACAAAGUCCCUGUGCUGCUGAUCGAUACACUGAUCUGGUUAGUGGGGCUGUGGUGUUGAUGAUGUGCCAUUAUCUGGGAAGGUAAAUGUAAUCUGCACUCACAAAGUCGAGCUGUGAAAAACCCUGUUAGGACUCUGAAUGACAAUCAGUGAGUUUAUAGCGAUCUUAUCUCUCUCUGUGUGGCUUUUAAUGACCCUUGAGGUUUUAUUUUUGCUGUGAGUUGUUGUUUUUUGUUAAUCUGAAUCUACUCUAACCAAUACUACUGAUAUUUAUCACAAGACUCAAAACCCUGACCUGUUUAAAAUGUGUCACCCUGAAUAGACAUAGGCUCCUGGAGACAUCUUUCCAGCUAUAAACUUUUCCACCAGGCUUGGAAACUGCAUCUGUCAUGCAGCAUGACUUUUAAUGUAGCUCAGUGAGUAAAUGCAGUCCUUCACCAUCAUCAGCAGACAUAUGAGACUUGCAGGCCUACAUCUCAGUGGCCUACAUUCAUCAUGCUACAUGGCUGCCUGCCCUGCAAGGUCCCUGACAAACCAGUAUUGUUGGUCCCAAAUAUGAGGAGCUUUAUCACUGCCAGCUGGUGAUACAGCUCUCUCAUGGUCAUGGUGUGAUACAGAGAAGCUUUCACGCCAGUUUUUGUUCGAGGCUCUGUGGUGUGAAAAAAAAAAAGAGUCUGUUUAUUUCUCUCUUUAUUUGAAUUAAAUUGUUCACACCCUUAAGAGUUCACUCUGUGUUUGGUGUCUUGUUAAAGCCAAAGUCACACAUGCAUUGGCUCUUUUUCCUUUCCGCUCCUGUGCCGCCUCUGCCAGUUUGAUGUUUUUGGGUUGGGGGCCAUAUACUGUAUGAAAUCUGCCUCAGCACCGACCCAGAAACGUCAGGCUCUGUUAAUGUCGUCUGAGCCCCUCAAUUAUUUUAGACCAUCGCCAAGGAGAAACAGAGCUGGCAUCAAGCUCGACAUGAUGAAACAGAGAGCAUGAUGGGAUUACAUCCAGCUUUGUGGGGGAACGGAAAAACAAACUGAAAAGGAUCCCUAAUCCUUUUCCAAAUGUCGACGGUAUGGAGAGAGCACCAGGCAUAAACAGGCCUUAUUGCACCUUAUACAUUCAUGCACAUAGAAGGAGAAAAUGACAUUUGAACUCCCAAGUUACUGCAUCAUAAUGACACUCGCAGCAUCUAUGUGGGUGAGUGUGCUUAGAGUAAUUCCACUCUGUCAUAUCUGCCAGCUUUUAAACCGAUCUGCUAGUCAAAACUUUUAUAUGUGACCUUUCAAAGAACAGGGUUUCCUUCCAGAGCUCCAAAUAAGUGAGUCACUCACAAGAGAAAAGGUUAAAAAAACUCUGAAUUUUGACAAUAAAAUCACCAAAUUUGGGCACAACUUGUGCAGUAGCCUACCAGGAUACAGUAUGGAAUGGAAAAACAAUCAACAAUCAUUGAUUUUUGAACCUAUAGAUCUGUCUGUGUCAUCUACGUGUGGGUAAAGCAUGUGUUUGAAUCCAAAGUGAUGAAUCUUUAAUGGUAUGGACAGCAUGUUAUGUCCUAAAGGGUUCAGUUAUGUCAUGGGAGUCAUUCACUUUCAGCAUUCUUGUGCAUCAUUGUGUAACAGGCAGUUAGGGCUGUUUUUUAAGAGUCAGGUGCUCUCGCUGGUCUUUCCAGAUGUUUCCAACACUCACAUGAAAAUACUCACAGUCACAGGAGACGUCAUCCUACACACAUUUUUGUGCAUAUGUAGUCUCCAUACUUCUCAUUUAUCUUAUCCUGAGCAUUCCCAUCACCACAAACACUCUUAUUUUACAAAGGCAACUGUGAAUGUCAUAUUUGUACAGAUAAAUGAGUAGCUGUAAAACAAAGUACACAUUAGGGGUAUCCUGAUACGAUAUUGAUUUUGGUCCGAUAUCAGCAAAAAAACGAAUAUCGGAUUAUAUCAGCCUGCAUCUAAAAUCUCCGAUAUAUCAGCACUCUGGCACAAGCGGUCCAUUCCAGACUCUGUUCCGACACCUCUAUCUAGCAGUGCCCUAAUCCAGCAAGCUGAACCCACAAAAAUUACAACAACAGUGUGUACUAAGGUACUAACAAAGUAGCAAGGAGUAAGAGUGAUGUUGGCCUUGUGGCUGAAAAAGACGUCGCAGCUGAGUAAAAAAAUUUUGUGCCAAUAUCGGAUCAAUAUCAGUAUCAGUCAAUGUUAAAGGCUAAAAUAUCUGUAUCGUAUCGGAAGUCAAAAAGUUGUAUCGGGACACCCUUUGUACACAGAGGUAGUUUGAUACUCUGUGUUUACAUGUUUGCAGCUAAGCAUGCAAGGUCUCUUUACAUGUCAACUAAAACUCACGGUAUCCCUGCACUUAUCUGUCUUUUUGCUGUCAGGAUCAACAGUCAGGGCUCAUAGGUUGAUAAUGUUUUGGUUUAUUGCUCUGAUAAUAACACACUGUAAACAACGUGUGCUGUGUGAUCGUGUUUGUAAUUGUGUUACAUAACCAAAUGUUUUCUCUCUGCUGUCUGUUUGUUUGCCUCCUCUCACAGAGCCCGUAACAACAAAAGAAGGAGUUUAGCGGUCGGGACCCCGUCGCCCACACUCUCAAGGCCGCUUUCACCUCUCCCACUUGCCACAGGUGCUUAUGUUUGGUUUUUUUAGUCGUGCUGUUGUGCUUAUCAUUGAGUGUUAUUGUUCUGCAAUUAGACCAGAGGCUAACUAUGUCAGUAAAAAAGGACAAGACCACAUGAGGAACAGAGGAAUGUUAGCUGCUUUGUGCCUUGAGCUUAACACUUGAUGCUCUAUGUCACAAGAGGAGCACUGGUUUUCAUUGCCGUGGGUCCUUGUGUUCCCACAGUAUAGCGCAUUAGAGAUAAAGAAGUUUCCCUCCUCAUGAUGAUGUUUGUUGUUUUGUUUCCUUGAUCCAGCUGCCUGGAGACUGAUAUUUAGAGUUAUUCAUUCGCUGCUCCCAUUUUUUAAGUGACUCAUGGCGUGGUAGUGCUUUGCCCUCAAGGGCUGGCAUAAAAACCUCUCAGUGACCCUUUUAAGAGGACCUAGUGUGAUCAACGACGGUCUGUUGAAACAGAGGCCCAGUCAACUUCUGUGGGAGUGUGAUGGUUUUAAAAAGAUUUGAUUGUUCCAUGUUAAAAUGUGAAACAGAAGUAGUCCACAAUACGAUGAUUCAUGCAGAUUAACCUUUUUAAGUCAUCAUGUGAAACAAGAGGGUGGCCUAGGAUUGCUCAACAUGUAAACGGUUCACAGCAUGUUUCACUCAUUUUGGAAAAAUUCUGUUUUCUUCUUUAGCUGGCAGCAGCCCUUCAGAGAGCCCUAGAAACGUCUCUGCAAGCACUUCUGCCAACUCCCAGUUCGCCCGCAGGUAAGAAUUAACCAAAUGUUCUUGAAUGCAGAUUUGAUACUUUUCCAAAAAAGUGGAGUAUUUUGUAGACCGACUGACUUCAGCGUGGGCACAUCAUCCAGCAGAUAGUGAACUGACAAAGCAGCAGACGGUAGAAGUUCAAAUCUGAGCAAAUAAAAAGCAAUAGGAGUGUAAUGCAGAAAGCCAAAAGCAAAACGAAGACAAAUCUAAAAGCACACCACAUGAAGUGAAGAAACUUGGAUUUAAAAGAGUCGAGGAGUCCAAGAUGAAUUAUGAACAUGCCCUGACUUGUUCCCUUUUACCCCUAUAGUGGGAAAGACGCAAAGGAGAAGCAAGUCCAACCGGCUGAAAAGGCCCCAGGGCCACUCGCUGGACACUGGUCUUGGCAUUUUUCAAGCCAAUUACUGUGGCAAGUCUGUGCACACACUCAUUACUCAGGGCUGCUGUGAUUAUGGGAGAAGAAAUGGCAAGGCUUGCCCACUUAUCACGCAACUGUGUGUAUCUUCACUGGGGUUUGGAGGAAUAGUAGCUGGAAUUGGCCCAGGCUUAGAAAAUAGUUUGUUUUGCAACUUGCCAGGAAGACGAUUUUUGGCCGAACAGCAGAAUUUUAAGCAGGUGCUCAAAAAUAGUGCUGUGGUGUAAACGAGAAAUGCAGAGAGUUUUCCGCCUCUGUCUUUCUGCAUGUAGUUUAAAACGUAUACGCCCCUUUCCUCAAACCUCUUCUGAUAUGAACUGGCAUUUGAUGUUGCAGUGUUGCAUAUUGCAGCAUCAGCUCAAGGAUGUGGAGGGGACGUCUCCUGAUUGCAUUGCUUUGCACGAGCCUGCAUGACUCAUCUGAAUUUAUUGAGACUUUUUAAGCUGCCAGGGUGGAGACUGAUGCUGUGACUGCACUUUUGAGAGCCGCACCGGGUUUAUUUUUUAUUCAUACAAGCUGUAUAAGCCUGCUGUUUGAGCAAUUAUUUUGUCAUGUAAACAGACAAGAGCCGGACACACAAUAGCUGGCAUUCAGACAGUGAAUAAAUUAUUCUCUUUAAUGCAACCUGAUAAGGAUACAGUGUAAUUGGUGAGGCAUAAUGGUUUUGCUCAGCUCCCUCUUCAGCAUAAAAGAUGCUUUUUAUAUCCUUAGGGUGUGAGUCCUGCCAACGCCCUUGCACACAAUAGUUAUUUCUUUCGACACCCGAGGCUAAUCAAUUGAACAUCUAUUCUAAAACUUGUUCAUAAUCUCGCUUUCUAUCCCCUUAAGCCCUGCAGGAUCUUAAUACAGAGGAGAAAGGCAUUUUGUUAAUGACACACAUACAUCCAGUUGAAACCAAAGUAGAAAACAACAAACAUGUCGAAGUAACCAGACUAAUCCAGAGAUUUCAGCCACACUCACAUCAAAACCGUCCAAUUUCAUUGUGUCACCCCUGAUUUAGCUACUCAUCCCCCAAGUGCUGGUUGGUGCAGGAAAACACUCAACCAUCCUUGUCAGCACAGAUUGAAUCAGGGAGGGAAAGUGGGCCACGUCCUCAGAGUGCCAUAUUGAAAGGAGAAAGUAGGGGAAACAGUGGAGAUAGAGGCGCAAUCAGCAGAGGAGGAACAUUUCACACUUUGAAGUUCAGGUUUUCUGUUUGUAGUAGCGGUCGAGGUGGGUGUAGAACAGUUGAAGUGUAGGCGAUGUUUAUGACUGUAUCUGGUUGGUGUUGGUGCAUACAUAUAUGUGUGUGUGUAAUGAGUCACAAGUUAAGUGUCUGUGGAUCUGAGUGCUGCAGUAUGAUAAUAACUUGGCAGGUGUUCAGCAGCAGCAGAAGCAGCAGACUGCCACUGGCUGUGAUCAGUGACAGACAAACAGAGCUGUGACUCUGACAACCAGACUUGAUCUGUCACUAUCAUUAAACAGUGUUUCUUCUCUCCACCCCCCCCCCCCCCACCCCCCCUGCUCCCUCUCUCCUUCUGUUUGCUCCUCCAUCUUCCUCUAUCAGUAGCCAGCUGGCCCGCACUGAACGGUAAGGAAGAGGCAAUCUGCAGUUUCGUUCAAGUCUGUUUUUAAGGAAACAUAUGUUUAAUGAUAUUUAUGUGAAUGCAUAACCUAAGUAAACUUUUUAGACUUAGUUUAUCACAUAGCUAUGUUAGGUACUUGAUUCUGAUAGACAAUUACAUGACAACAUUAUAUAGCAUCAGUCUGUUAUUUCUCGAUAGCAGACCUUAGCUACGAUAGCAGACCGUUGCUACGGCUCGAGCUCUAAUCAGAGACUUUGUCAGGCUAGCUGCAGUCAUAUCAAGGAGUUUGGUACAUUUGAUGUUCUUUACAGUGAGGAAACAGAGAAAAAAGACAAAAAGGGUGAAAAAACAUCACAGACUCAGAAAAAAUAAACUCAAGCAGGUGUGGUGGAAGAAUGUUCAGUUUAGCUCAUUUUGAAGAGGCUUCAUUAUAAUCAUCUCUGUGGACAUAGAUCAAACCGUGUGAGAGAGUGUUUUAUUUAGGGAACAGGAUAGUAUAGAGAGUGAGUGUGGGUUGUUAUGGAAGAGGAACCUCUUCAGGGUGCAUGUGUCCCGCUCACCCUGCUUGGGCUCUAUUCCACAGUAACAACCUGCUCACUACACUGUGUCUCUUAUAUAUUCCACAGCUUGAAGUAUGGCUUUAUAGUACAAUUUAUAGAACAACAUAUGACAUUGUAAAUCCUGCUCACAUUUUAUUGCAAGGUUCUUAUUACACUGCUGUGGUUUUGAGUAUGCAGCACCAGAUGUAUUUGCUUCAAGACUGAAAAGUUUGAGAGGAGAAAAAGUGAGGCGGUGCAGAUUUGAGAGAGUAAACAGGAUGUAUAGGAAAUAUACAGUUUUCACUCCACAUAAGCAGCAGCCAUUUUGCUCUGUUUGUCUUUGGGGGUGAUGCUCAAGUGCUAUUUUAAUGUCACACUGCUCUGCUCAGGCAUGCAAGCUGUUUAAAGCUCAGGAAACCUGACAAAUUAUUUAGAUUUCAGCACAUUAUGAGCAUCAGCAACAGAAAGGACAAUAGUACAGAGAGUCUGGAGCACAUGCAGCAACUUUCAAGCUCAUGCUGCUCUGGACUCUAUAUUUAAUAACCUGUUAGUUACCCUUUUUAAAGCCAGUGUGCAACCACUAAAACAACACUGUGUCAAUGUGCUAUUUGAGAAUCAGUCUACACCUCUGAACCUAACCCACAAUUCAAGCUAAGACGUGAAUAAAUACCAGCAUGUCUCACAUCAUUUCAAGUGGAGAUGGACAGUUUGACGUCAUACUAGCGUUUGAGUUUCUCACAUUUACCAUGAGAAUGAAAUGAAAUGACCAACAUGCAAACAUAACUAAGAGGGAUGAGUCACUAAGCGGUCUGUCACUGUUUCGUUUCUGCAGAGCGGAUGGAAGAAGGUGGUCCGUGGCAUCAGUUCCUUCAUCUGGAUACUGCACCAAUGCGCCCAGUUCAUCAGUGUCUGUAAGCUCUCUCUCUCUCUCUAUGUCACUGUCUUUAUUCUCUCUGUCACAACCAUCCGUGCCAGUGCUGUCUGUCUCUUUUCUUCAUCAGAUAUUCAACCACUCGUCUAGAGCACUGCCGUGGGACCGUUUAGCUCCUUGUGUUACUUACACUCAGUGUAUCAAUGGGUUUACAGGGCUGUGGUGUCUUGUAAACUCAUGGUGCUGACUGACUGAACUGUAAAUCCCAUCAGAUUACACCCAGCGUGGGCAAUAAAUCAGCCCAUAAAGGGUUGUUGAUUUACAGUCGACUGUCCUUGGAGUGUGUUGUUUUUAAAAAUGGCUCUGCAGCUGGAUCCUAGUUUAGAUGAGCUGUGAAAGACUCCAAACAAAUUUAACAUCUUGAGUUGAGGGGUUUAGAUUUAGCUUGUUUACAACUUCACAGGGAUAUAUCACUCAAGCUCUGUCGAUGAGUCUGAAGCUUAAACACACAAGGUCAUGAGCUUAUGUGGUGACUGUGGAAAUGUGUCUUUAGAUCAGUAACAAUAAAUGAUGGAAAAGUCACAACAUGUUCAAUAAUCAACCAAUUUUGGGCAAAUUAUUUGCAACACUGGUUGUAAAUUUCUUGGUUAAAAAAAAAGGAGAAGUGAUUAUGCAGGGCUCGACAGUGCGACAGUUUCACUCAUAUUCGCGACUAAAAUUAGAUGUGUGCGAAAUGUAAAAUGUAUUUAGGGGCACAUGUGCGCAUAAAAAAAAACAGGCAAGGCAACAAAUGUUUUUCAUGUAAAAACUGCGGUGAAGUUAGUUUUAGGUUGGAUAUUUGACGGACGUUCACUGUGGAUCUACCGGUGUCUUCUCACUCACCAAAAAUUGGGAACAACAACAGCAGCGUGGUUAAAUCUACUCGGCACCCUCGCUGUCGACGUCAGGUGUUAAAAUAAGGGACCAUCAAUAAAUUACUGGUUGAUGUUCUCAAAAAAGGUUGUUUUCCUUCAACAGCUUCCAUGACAUGUGCCUAUUUGAUCUUAAAUUGUUUUCAAAUAAUAGUACUAAGUUCGGACAAUAAGACACACCUCUUUAUUUCCCUAAUUUGUCCUCUAAAAAAAUUUGUGUUAAAUUUAAAGGCAAAUUUUGAACAAUUUCUUCAAUAGCUUCCAUGUCAUGUGACCAAAAGACCUAAAAUUGAUUUCAAAUAAAAGUACUUACGUCGGCCAAAAAGACACACAUCAUUUGACCAGUUUUCAUUGUGCCCCUAAAGUUCUUUAUGUGCUUCUUACUUUUUCAACUUAGGAGCACAUGUGCUCCUUGUAAGAAAAAGUUAGUGUCAAGCCCUGUUGUGAUUGAAGAGAGGUUGGAGGAACAUUUUUGGCUAUUCUCAUGCUUUUCCUUUGCUGUGUAAACUGUAAAAUCAAUUGUCUCUGACAUUUAACAAAGCUGGUCACCGCCUUUCCUUAUAAUCUACAAGCUGAUAACUUAGUGGGAAAAUAUGUGUAACCAGUGCAAACACAGAGAGGGGUUACAAUUCGGUUACUUGACAGUCUGGUUGACAAUACUCUCUGCAGGAAGUUGAUUUAUGCAAAACAGCCGAGUGUCGUUUCUCUUUUAAUGACUGAGUCACAACAGGAUACGUCCAGUGGUGAUGCAUCCCUCCAUCACCGACAGCUUUGAUCACACUUUCCACUGCAAACAGGAAGUGUGGAUGACUCCUCAAAUGCCUUUCCCAGUGUUCUCCUGGACUGAUGGGAGUUUAAAUACACAAACAUAUUUUGGCAAAGUUAAGUAAAAACUCUGUGAUAAAGCUACGGAGUUCCUUUUUAACCAUGCGCCUUUAUACUAAAGUGAUUUUGACUCGGUGUAGGCUCUUUAGCAGAAGGGAAAGUACAGGAAUAACAGCUCUUAUCACCACAAAAACACAGGUCUCAUUGAAAUACAUGCUUUCUUUUUCCUGGAUGACAUCACACAUGAGCAGGGACUGUACCAAGUCUCACAUUUCCUCAAACAGACUUUCCUUCGGGAAAAGUCCAACGCGGGCGCCCUGCUACUCCCAUCAGCCAUUUGUUGGCGGUUUCUUCGUCUAUUAUCUUAAAAACUGUUCUUGAAAGUCAUGAGUGGAACUGCAGUUGGCUGUAAAAACAAUCCCCGUCUCCUCUGUCACGGCUGUAAUUUUGUAUGGCCAACCACAUGGCUCAGAGACGGUGAGGUCAGCCCUCUCAGCACAAUGCCCCUUUCAGGCUCCAUGUCAGUGAGGUCUUUAUGCUCUCACUCUCUUCUGACACGUCUCUAGUUUCCUCCUCGGGGUGUCUAUCUCCCUCUCUUUUUAGCCUUUAUUUUGUCUUUCUUCCUGGUUCUCUUUCUCUUUCUUCUUCUGUUUUACUUUUUUUGUUUGCCUCUUCUUCACUCUUCUUUCUCAAAGAAGAGUGAAGAAGAGUCUUCCCUUUGCUCUUCCUUUAGUGAAACACAAGAUCCUGGCCAGAUGGGAGUCCUCAUAAAUUCCAGGCUGCAUGUCACAUUUCGGCUCUAAGGGAGAAAAUGAAUGCGUGCAUGGCCAGCAGCACAGCCGUUGCUAGUUGCUUCAGGGCUUGCUGCAGUAGGAAAGCAAAAUCCCGGUAGAAAAGAGUAGAACUCUGGAAAGGGAUUGAAGAUUUUGGGAUUUAGUGCAGCCUUUCUCAGCGUGUCCUUGCUAAGUGUUGCAUCUAAUUCAGAUCCAUAGUGGAACAUGAAAGCCUUUAAGACUUUGAGUAUUAACAGGAUGAUGAGUGAAUCUGAGAGAGUGAUGGCCUUUUAACACAGGAUGUUAUAUCAUCUAAGCUGUUUAAGCACAACCUGACAUGGAUACAAAAGUGCAGUGAAGUUUGAAUAGUCAGCCUAUAGUAAUUUUGAUCACUACAUUGAAACAGAAUCAAGCAAACUAACUUUCUUAUGCCUUUUCCCUCUCCCUUUUUCUCUCUUUUAAACAUCCCCCGUUUCUCUCUUCCCCCACUCUCCUCUCCCAGUCUUCGUCUUCCCAGGAGUUAUUGCAUCAGUUACCCUUCCAGCCCACUCAAGAUGAUCUCCACUUCCUUUUCAAACAUUUCCGGAGCACCGAGAGCGUGGCGGACGAAGACGGAGCUCACGCCUCGCCCCCUGUCAGGCUCCGCUCACGCAGUCUCAGGUACCGUGGAUUUGGAUUUUACACCGAAUGUCCUGCCCCAGUUUUAAGGACUGCGUGUCUUUGUAACAUUUCAGUAACGCUGCAGUUCUCUUGGAGAAGGGAUAAUCUUAUUAGUAAAGUUUGAAACAGAGAGGUCACCUCUCCCUGCUCAUUUUAAGAUAGAGCUCCUCAAGAGGUCAAGACGCAAGAAAGUAAUGAAAAUAAAAUCAUGCGGCCUGGCACCAAAUCCAGCUCCUCUUACUGUACAAUAACAGUAUGUUUGCAGACAAUUCACAGAGUGAAGUAUGUCAGUACUCAAGCUAUAUGACAAAUCCUCUUUUAGCUGUGGGGUUGGUUGUUACAGUCCUCCCCGCUCUUCCUGUUUAUUUCUGGCUUUUAUUGGGAGAAUAGGACAGUCAGUGUAUAGAACUCUGCGAGAGAGAGAGAGUCAGGAAUGACAUGUGGCAAAAAGCUCUGGGUUGGAAUUGAACACAGGCUGCCCACUUCAUGGACUGUUGCCUCUGUACAUGGAGCGUGUGAUUUAACCUGUGGGUUGAACCAGCACCCCUUAAGGUUGUAUUUGACUUUGUUUGUGUGUGGCUUAACAUCAGCCAUAUUUUAUCUCAGCUAUGUGGGUCUAUCAGCGAGUUAGCUAAGCUAACUGUUAUCAUCAAAACGACUCAGUGUGCCUGUAACUGAACAAAUGAAGCUUUAAGCUUUAAGUGUACAUGGAAAGGAGAAAAACAUCAGGACUGAUAUCUGUAUUUUGCUCUCUUAGAGCUUUAAGUCUCCCUAAGAGUUUUUCUGUAAGCAAACAUUUUUUUUUGGACCAGUAGAUGUGACUACAGCUUCAAUGUGACACCCCGCUGCUUUUUCUCUCCUGUGGUAAAUUCAGAAUUGCCAGUUUGUGGAGCUUAUGUAUAAUAGAAAAGCUAUCACCUCUGAAAGGUUAAGGCAUACACAGCAGCAGACACAGACAGCUCAUCUCCUGUUCGCUCCCCCCUCUAAUACACAGCUGCCAGCCCAAACAUGGAUUUAAAGCCGUUUUAUGACAAACAAAAUGAACCUUUAGCAACCACAGAAAAGCCUGCAGUUAGCAUCAGUGCGCUGCUAAGCAGCAGAGCUGUAAACAGAAACAGAAACAAGCAGUGAUGGAUUUAGUUGCUCAGCCUCAAACCAACAAAAGUAGUUUGAACAUUUUGUUACUUCUUUCAUGUAUGAUAUAAAAAAAAUGCAAAACUGGCUGAAGGAAUUGGAAUGUGGUCUGGUUCUGGCAAAAGCCUCUGUGCUGCCUACUAAACAACAUCCCCUGGACUAGAAUAUAGCAUUUCCUCAUCAUUGAGCAUGGCUGCUCUCAUUUAACACUCAGAGUCUCUUUUGAUAGCUCAAGCAGAGCGAAUUUUGAGGUUGCUGAGAUUUUAUGAUGGACUGCAGAGGGUGUUGGCUAUAUUUUGAUGUGGCUGUAUUUCCUGUGAUAAAUCUCUGCCAGUUUCAUAAAUACAGAGUAUGUGAGCUGAGUGAUGCUGUUUGGAUACGUCCACUGAGAGGAUAUUAGACUUUGGUGCGGUCGAAUAGACACCGAUAACUUGGCCAUGAGCAUGUUUUCUAACUACACAGGGUUAUGGCAUAGGUUUCAGAACUAAGGAUCGACCAAUAUGUUUUUUUAGGGCUGAUACCAAUUAUUAGAAAUCAAGAAAAUUGAUAACCAAUAUUUAGAACCAAUAUUCAUUUGCAGUAAAAAAUGUAUAUUUUGGUGUUAAAAUUUUUUGAUAACACACCUGGGAUUAGACUGAACACAGUACACUGUUGUUUGUUUUGAACACUGAAAAUCUGUGAUAAAAAAAAAAGUGUUAGAGUGUUUUAAAAUAAACUUAUUUGAUUGGCUAUUGGUGGGAAAAACAGCCAAUGUUGAUUAUUGUAAAUAUAUCAUAUAUCAUAUCAUAUCAUAUCAUCGGCUGUGCCAGUUAUUGGUCGAUUCUUACUCAGAACAUGACUGAUAAUUGUGUCAGAAUCAGAAGUGAACAACUUACUGUGUUAAAUUUGAUGAGCUGUCAUUUUGGAUAAUAAAACCAUAUCAGUCAGGAGGACUAAUCUUUGCUCAACUGCAGUCACACUGAUGAUUUUUUUAUUUUUUUUGUUAUGUAAGCACAGGCAUCAACGAAUUCAGAUCAUUAAAAAAAGCCAAUGACCUGAUUUAGUCAUCAGUCUUUUUCCAUGUUGAGUAAAGAUGUAUUUUCUCCCUGAAGCUUGUUAAAAGCAGCCUGAUGAGUUGUUUUCCUUUGAGUCAUUAGAAUUUACAAACUCUCUCCACUAAUUUAAUCAAAGAGAAAACCUUCUUAGACAGCUGACUGUUGUGCAUAGCUCAGUUCAUCAAUGUAAUGCCUGUCGUUUAUUAGUAACUGAUCUAAAAACGGAUGACUGAUGAAUGUCUGAGUGGCUCCAAACUGCAUCUAGGGCAUGAUAAGUAUUCUGAAAUAGCUCUUGAGUGUUUACUAAGUGAUAUACUGUUGCUGCUGCUGCCUUAAAAUAAAACCACUGCUGUGCAAGUGCAACUGUUGAAAUGACCCAGAAAUAGUACACUGCAUGUCAUGUGUUGAUAUUGUCAUUUGUAGUAUGUGAUGUAAAGGGGCACCACAGAGGCUAUUUUGGACACUCUUGAUGACAGUGCAUUGAUUUGUAAUGUGUACAGACAGCUUUAAAUGUACCCUCUUGUAACUGAGCCCCGCACGCACAGCAGAUGUGGUCAUGAAUACAACUGCAGAGAAACUGAUCUAAAUCACGUUAGUAUCAUUUUCAAACAUGCUGUGUCCCCGGCCUGGGCUGGCAGUAAACACCAUCAAUCAAACAUUGGCUUGGCCUUGUUAGAAAGCUGUUUUUUUUUCUUUCUAGAGUUUAUUGGACAGUUUUUUUCUAGUUUUAUUAUGUAAAUAUGUCUGUUUUAAAAAGACUACAAAGAUGCUUUCCUCAGAGGCAAAGUGAACACAGACAAUCUCAAAUCUGCAGAGAUAUUGUAUGGUUUGUUGGUUAUGUUGCUUCUCCGUUGAUCUGUUGCUCUCAUUGCCCGGUUCUCUGCAGCCCUGGACGGACCUGUGGAACAUUUGACAAUGAAAUUGUCAUGAUGAAUCAUGUCUACAAAGAACGCUUUCCCAAGGUAAAGUCAGCAGCUCUUUUCUUGCUUUCUUUUUCUUUCUGAUGUUUCUUCUCUGUGUAAAUAGACAACCUUAACAACACUUGCCUGAGCCUCUCUAUCGCUCAUGAAAACCAGGAGAAAAAUUCUCAGGCCCUUUGGCAAAGAGAGGAUCUUAACUCCUUUUUCUUCAGAACCAAGUUUAAAAACACUGAAGAUGCAAUGCUGCUGUCACCGGCUUAAAUGAAGUCUUCCAUCUUGGUUGUUUCCCAGGCGACAGCCCAGAUGGAGGGUCAGCUGCUCGACAUCAUUGCAGAGUGCUCCCCCGGCACCGCUCUACCCCUGGCUGAUGGCGUGCUGGGAUUCAUUCAGCACCAGCUGGUGGAGCUUGCCAGAGACUGUCUGGACAAGUCCCAGAAUGGUCUGGUCACCUCCAGGUACUUUGUGGAGCUGCAGGAGAAGCUGGAGAAGCUGCUGCACGAGGUGAGUGCCUCUUUCCACCUGACUCUCUGAAACACACUCACAAAUAACUUUGUUCCCUCGUGGGGUUAUUACUCAGGCUUGCAACUAGUUAUUCUUUCUAAGACAUCAUCAGGGGAUGUCUGAUUGCUGCCUGCUUGGGCUGCCCUCUGGGACAUUGCAGGCUGUAUUGUCGCCUCUCUGGGAACAAUGAAGUGAAAUUGCCUGUUUGAUUGGUUCUCAUUCAGUGCUGAUUCCAGUCCAUCGCCCAGUAAUGGUGUUGUCAUUUUAUAUUAUUUAAUGGAUCUCUGCAGCGGUCGAGUGUUUGAUUAUAUAAUGUUUUAUUACAUAACACUUCAAGCAACAAUUCUACCGCCACAAAUGCUGCCCACUGCAAAACAGAUUACAGUGUCCUCUGCAAACUCAAACUGACUCCCGUUUAUUACUCAGGAAUAAGCUCUUGUUAUGUGAUGUUCAUAUUGUCUUACUUAUUAUUAUUCUUAUCUCAUGUUUCAGUCAACUAGUAACUUUUCAUAACCUGCAGUUUAACAGAGAAUGAUGUUAUUUGGACCAUAGUUUCCUACAUUUCUGCAGUUAUUUCUCCAUUAGUCCAGGAAACUGAUUAACCAGCUAAAAAAGGAGCUCUUUGUUAUUUUUUUAUUUGUUUUUAUUAUUGAACAAAUUUUACAGAACCAACAAGGUAUACGUUGAUGUGUAACAGCACAUCAAAAAGUAGAAAGGGACAGUACAGUGAUACAGUAAAUUAUAGAAUAUAGCUUGAAAAUAAAAUUAUAACAAUAAUACUAGUAAUAAGAUGAAUAAAUAAGAUAAAAAUAAGUCAGAUGGGUAAAACAAGGAUGAAAAAUAUGAUAAGAUACAUGAAAUAAUAACAAAAAUAUAUAUAUUUUUUAAAAAGAACAAAAUAGUCAUUAAUAACGGGUUAGUCAGAGGUCUCAGGGAAAAACUUUACAUAAUUGUUCAGUAAUGAAUUGCUUUUUUGUUAUUGAUCAAAUAGAGAGAUUUAAUCAGAGAAUUUAGUUCAAGUAAAAAAGGAGCCAAUUUAGCUCCUGAAUUGGCAAAUUUUUGUUUGUGAACAAAGAAUUUUGCGUAAAUGAUGAUAAAGUUGAUAAGGUGCUCAAGAGUGUGAUCUUUUGGAUUAUAUAGUCGCUUAAAAAGGGGCUCAUUUGGAGUAAAUUGCCACUGCUGAUGCAUGUUGAAAUGUUUGAAUUUCUCUUAGUAUUUGCUACUUUGUUUGUAGAAUCAACCAGUUACUUUGUUAUCCAGUAGUUUUUUUUUUAUAUCAGUCUUUCACCACAUCUAAAACUCUAAACCUGCUGUUUGACUAAGAAAAGCCAAUGUUGGACUAAGAUAUGAAACAGAGAGUUUGGAUAGAAGUAUGCUGGCAAGAGUUUUGUAUAAUUUAUACAUCUGGCUAAGCAGCAAACAGAAGCGAGCAUUGAUGCAAGAUGCUGAAAUACCGUCCUGAUCCAUUAAAUCACCAACAGAUAAUAAGGAAAUGAAACAGCAGCUAAAAAUACUACGAAACAAACGAGUUCAGCACUGGCAGCUUCUGUGGAUGCGCUGCACUGCCUCACGGCUGGUGCCAGUGGGAUUAAGUGGUAUUAAUCCCUCAUCAAUCCAUUGUCUUUUGUCUUUUGUUGGUCAGGCAUAUGAGCGUUCAGAGAGCGAGGAGGUGACUAUCAUCACCAAACUGGUCAAGAAGAUCCUCAUCAUCAUCUCGAGGCCGGCGCGGCUGCUGGAGUGUCUGGUAAGAGGCACCGCAAGAAACAAGAGGAAUCAUAUGUACUUGAGUGACCAAAUGUCAACAUGAUGUUUACCGACUUUGAACCCUGAACACAUUAUCUGCGUCGAUGACACAUAGAAGUAAUGAUAGGCUGAGCUGUUUAAAACCCCGUUUUUAUAAAGUUAGCCAAUAGAAAGCUACCUUGCUGCCCAGAAUGUAAUCAUGAGUUGUAUUUCUUUAAAGUGGUUGACCAGUUCUAGUUUUUUAAUGGCCAGAGCCAAUACCGAUACCAGUAUUAUGUUGUAUUAAAUUACCACAGUUAAAUAAUACUAACAAAUGAGAAACUAAGUUGAUGAACAUUUUACAAAAUACAUGUUGACAGAUAAGUAGUCAAAGGAAUUCUGGAUGCAUAUUUAGCUAUUUUAAAUUAUUAAUUAAAAAAUAAAAAUAUAUGGUUAUGAAACGUUCAUGUGCCAGUGCAUUAUUUCAUGCACCUUCAAAUCUAAUUUGCACGUUCAUCUUAGCCAGCAACAUGUUUUUGAUGUAUUUUUAGUGAAAUGAUGAAAAACAAAGCCAAUGUAUUAGAUGAUGCUUUAGAUUUCAGAACACUCAAAGAACAAUUAAUCAGCCAAAUCUAUCAGCCAGCUGGUAAAAUGGUCUAUCUUUGGUUUUUCAUGAACUCUUAUUUACUGACCAAAUGUGGUAAUACCUCCCAAAUGUGUUCUAUUUGUUAGGAAGAAAUAAGCUGGAUUUACUUUUAUAUUUAUUUUAUAUAGAGUUUAUUUUAGAUCAACUCUAUCAUUGCAAAUGCCUAUAAGAGCAUUUUUUUUCAUCACUGUGUUGGCUUUCCUGCACAACUGUGACAUUCCUUUUGUAUUUUUCUACAAUAUUCCAUGGGUGGAUUAAUGAAACCAAAACACUUCCUCUUUUUCUGUUCUCCAGGAGUUUGAUCCAGAGGAGUUUUAUCAGCGUUUGGAGGCUGCAGAGGGUCAGGCCAAAGUGGGCCAUGGUAUUAAGACUGAUAUUCCCAGAUACAUCAUCAGCCAGCUCGGCCUCACCAGAGACCCCUUAGAAGGUAGUCCUUUUUUUUCCCCUAAGUUUAAGCAUUUUGUCAAUGAAGUUUGCAAUUAUGUUGUUUAUAGAAUAUGUUUGGACUGUGCUUGAACUGCGCAGACAUUUAAUGACUAAUGAAAAAUAACCAGAUAUUAUAUUAUACUAUAUAAUCAUAGCACUAUAUGUAAAAAUGGAACGAGGAAGUGCUGAUGGUAGUAUUCCUGUGUUAUCAUCAUCUUGUGUGUAUUUAUCUAAGUUCAGCCCCUGCUUUUGUUUAGGAUUGUACUGUUAUACAGACUGUGUCCGUUGUUUAUUUUGAUAAAAUUAUCAGUUUCACUUUCUCUACUGAACUACUUGAUGGUAAGUCCUCCCAUGCGGAUGUUCAGUUGAUUAAAUUAAAAGUCAACCAAAUUAAAAAGCAGUAAUCAGUUUAGAGAGCUGACAUAAGAAUUUAAUCAUGCCGAAAACUCAAACAAGCGGUUACAAAUAUACUUAAGAUGCAGUGACAGUUGUAAUUUUAUCAAGUAUCAUUAGUCUGUAGCAUUACAGUUGGACAGACGCUCACUUACCCCCCACUGGUGUUCAUUUUGAACUUAAUGGAGUUUGAUCUUUGUGUCCGCUGUGAUUACAGAGAUGGUCCAACUGGAGCAGACGAGUCCGAGUCACAGAGCGUCCAGCAGAGACUCAGAUGACACAGGAGAUGCCACGCCUACACAGGUACAAAGACACAAUUGACGAAAGUUGCUAUCAUGAGUAUCAGUGUGACAGUAUAAACAUCAUUGUGUUGAAAAAGCAAUAGUUGUACUACUACAUAUAAAUGUGACAACACUGACUAGGUUGCUUGGACAACACAAUGAAAGUUAAUUUAUCACUUGAAGUGUCUUUAAGAGUGCAUUCAUCUGAUCCAGGUUUGCUAACGUAACUUAUUUCCUGUUAUUUCUUGUCUCUUUGUCGGACACGUGUGAUUCAGAGCCGAGCAGCCUGCACCCCUCCUCGUAGGAAACCGCUGGAGAGUGACUUUGAGACUAUCAAGCUCAUCAGCAACGGCGCCUAUGGGUGAGUAAGACAGACUUCUUUGUCUGUGUUUGACUGACUCAGUCACCACAGAGAGCCUAAUAAAGGCAGGAAAGAAAGUCAGAUGAGGAUGUGUGGUUGUAGUAUUUUUGUGUUUACACUUUUGUCCGUGCAGUUUCACUUUGAGUACAAACCUAAUACUUACUUGUGAAUAAGUACAUUUUCCUCCAUUUGUUCCACAUUCACAAAUUGUCACUCUAUCUGCAUCUGUUUCUUUCUUUUCAUUUUAACCCCCCCUAACGUUUCUGUCUCUUGUUUGCCAUCCCUCCUCUCUUCUCUUGCUUGCAGCGCUGUGUUCCUGGUGCGACACAAAGAGACCCGUCAACGUUUUGCGAUGAAGAAAAUCAACCGUCAGAACCUGAUGCUCAGGAACCAAAUCCAGCAGGUGUUUGUGGAGCGAGACAUCCUCACUUUUGCUGAAAACCCAUUUGUGGUUUCUAUGUUCUGCUCCUUUGAGACGCGGAGGCACCUCUGCAUGGUCAUGGAGUAUGUGGAAGGUGAGGUUGGCGGGAAUGGUCUGUUUAUGCACGAUGAGGUCAGGCGUCCUUUAAUUAUAGUCUGUGUACCAGAAAAUGUCACCUUAUGUCCUUAAAACAUAAACAUAAAGAGCAUUACAACGACUCAAAACAUGAUCUGAUUGUGUUUGUACUUUCAGGAGGGGACUGUGCCAACUUACUGAAGAACAUCGGCCCCCUGCCUGUGGACAUGGCGCGCAUGUACUUCGCAGAGACCGUUUUGGCUUUAGAGUACCUUCACAACUAUGGCAUCGUACACAGAGACCUCAAACCUGACAAGUCAGUCCUCAUUUCACGUCUUUUAUUCUGCUUUCAGACAGCAGCUCCUUCCUUCCUUUCAAACCCUCCUCAUUAUGAGAUUUGCUGUCUCUUUUAAAAGACUUGCAAUCUUUUGAAGUUGAAACCGAGUCUUCUUUGCCGAAACCUCUUGAUAUUUCUCUCUGAGACUGAGAUUUGUGCUCCGAGCGUUUGAUGUAACUUGAAUCAAUUCUGUGUUUCUUUCUUUUGUAGUUUGUUAAUAACCUCGAUGGGACACAUUAAGCUGACUGACUUUGGGCUGUCAAAGAUUGGUCUAAUGAACAUGACCACCAACUUGUAUGAAGGACACAUUGAAAAGGAUACCAGAGAGUUCAUCGACAAACAGGUCUGUCUCCUCUCAUCUCCUCCUUUCAGCGUCUCUGCCUUCAUGUUUAUCAUCUUGAUUCACAUCACUCUUGGUCUGUUUUUCUCUCUGCAGGUGUGUGGCACUCCAGAGUACAUCGCCCCUGAGGUGAUUCUGAGGCAAGGCUAUGGCAAGCCUGUAGACUGGUGGGCUAUGGGCAUCAUCCUCUAUGAGUUCCUGGUUGGCUGUGUGCCUUUCUUUGGGGACACACCAGAGCAGCUGUUUGGUCAGGUGGUCAACGGUAAGACAUACAUCAAUACAGUCUUCUUCAUAUCUGUUCUUAACAUGAGUGUUGCAGGAUGCAGCUUUUGUUUAUUCAAGCUGUAAAGAAAUUUCUCCCACUUCUCCUCACUGGAUCCCUAACAUGUGCCUCUUUGUCCAGAUGACAUAAUCUGGCCAGACGGGGAGGACGCUCUGCCAGCGGAUGCCCAGGACCUUAUCACCAGACUGCUGAGACAGAGUCCACUGGAUCGUCUGGGGACAGGUUGGUGAAAAAAAAUCCUUUUGGUCCUAGGCUAUGAGGAAGAAGAAUCUUCUGCAGGAUAAAAAGAAGACUCAACAUUUUUUCUUUUCUUGUCGACUUUAUCCAGCCCUAAAUUUCAUUUGUAAGUUGGGACCCUAUUACAAACACCCUUUUUUGUUUGCAUAAAACUUUGAUUAUUGGAAUAAAAACAUGUCUACAGUAAGGUAAGGUAGAAACACAGGGUACGGCAAAUACCAACAGUAAGUGUCCCUGGGCAUGAAGAUAAGGAGAAAGACAAAGCUGAAGAAACUACUUAGUUAAAUCUAAGUAAAGCUCAAGAGAUAAAAAAACAUAUCUUGAAAUUUGACUAGAUUUUAUUACAACAAGAGGAGGGAAAGAGGAAUCAGCUGUUCACCUGCAACAAGACAAGCAGAUAUGCGUGUCAAACCAGUUUGUCUGAUUUGUUGUUGUUGUUGUUGUUUUUCCUUUAGGUGGAACUGCUGAGGUGAAGAUGCACGUCUUCUUCCUGGGUCUGGACUGGAACGGCCUCCUGAGACAGAAAGCUGAAUUCAUUCCUCAGCUGGAGACAGAGGAAGACACCAGUUACUUUGACAGUGCGUGGGAAAGCAGCUCAAUUCACAGACACACAAGCACGUUAAAUCUGUACAAUAUUGGAAGAAACGAAAACGACAACAUUUUUCCCUUUCUGCAACACAAAUGAAAAAUGCAAGAGUUUAUACUAGAUGAAAGCAGUCCUGGAGGAGUGACACACUACUAUAUAAACCUACUGAUAAACAUAACAGACCUGCACACAUGUAAUCAGUCAUUUUUAAAGAUGUUUGAUCUGCAACACCAGCAUCUUGAUUAUCAUUCAUAGUCAAACAAAACCUCCUCAUCUCCUUCUGCAUGUUAUUUUCAUCACAUUUACACCGUAUAUUUUACAUAUGAAGACACUGAAGUCAAAAUACAUUGUUAACAGUUCACAUGCACACCCACAGUGUAUGCAAGCACUGGGCAGAGGAGCUAGAAUGAUUUCUCUAAAAGGAAGUCACGCCAGGAAAUCUGAGGAGGCAGCAGUAUUGCAUACAAGUUUACAUUUUUCAGUUAUUUGGCGCACACACACAUAGACACACAUACACAUAUAUUCAUAUCCUACAUGCACAUUAGUUCAAGAGAAAGACUGCAAUGGAGGUACAUCAGGCAGACCUUUAUGGUGAAGGAAAAACAGCAAAUGAGAAAUUAGAGACAGAAUGACUUUUUUUUAAGGUCAUAUGCCUGACAUUGUGUGUCCUUUAAUCUACAAAAUAUGAGAACUGUGCAUGCACAGAUUGUAUACAGUAUAUCAUUCGGCCAUAACAGACGGUAUUUCCCAUAAAUUUUGAUGACUUUGUGCACAGAGAGACAACAAAUAUAGAGAAACUAUUGUAAAAAAGGCUUUUACAGUGUUGAUCUUUUAGAGAGCAGGAAUCUGAUUUACUGUAAUGCUGUGCUGCUUGAAAUUAGGUUACAGUGUCAUCAGUAUUUCAGUAUUUCAUGUGGUGUUUCCUACAGCCCGAUCAGAGCGCUACUGUCACCUGGGCUCAGAUGAUGAUGAUGAAACAAACGAUGAUGAAUCCUCUCUUGAGCUCCGCCAGUUUUCCUCUGUGGCUCAUCGCUUCAGCAAGGUAUAUUAAAAGCUUUUCAAUGUACCUAAAAAAACAUUAGUGUGAACUCCCACUGAACACAAACCUCAAGAUAUCUUGACUUAGCAAAUCUGUAACUCGCUUUCCCUCUCAAACCUCAGGUGUACAGCAGCACAGAGCACCUGUCCACUUCCACGCCGUCCAACCAGAGCCUGUCUUCCUCUGAUCGGAGCCACAGUGAGGAGAAGGAGGAGCGGUGGGAGGGCAGGGGUGUCCUUUCCCCUGGAGAUGGACACAAACACUUGGCUAGUGGAGACAGGAGGGCAGAUGGACACAGGGGGAGGUGAGAUCAUUAAAUGUGAGAGGAGAAAGUGACAGCCUCCCCCAUUCUCACAUUGUUAGCUAUAAAUUUAAUGAAAAAUGUGAGAUGAAAGUGUAAUAUCAUUGCUCAUAAAUAUUCUUUUAGGAAGUAUGGUUUAUCGUCAGUCUUAAAGGUUAACGCUGGGGCUCUAGCUGUCUUUUUGCGUUGCCUUUUAUGUGUCUGUCUUUUUUAGCUUGCUCUCCCUCCUCUCAUCUGACGGUGCAGGUCAGGUGGAGGCUUUCAGCUCUCGGGUGUGAAUAGCAGUACCAGGUUACCUGCCUUCAGUGCAGCUCCUGUUGCCCUGAUAACUUUGGGUAGAUUAAAUUGCAAUGAAAAUACAGACUGAUGUCAGCUGGAGUGGAAAAAAGGUUUUGGCAGAUUGAAUUAAAUAAUAAGAGUGACCUCACUGUAAUGUUUGCCUCCAAAAUAAAUGUAACUAAGUAAUUACUGGUCUAAAAUUCUAUGAGAGUUUAUUAACUGCCUUUCCAAGUAAAUGAAAUCUGUUCUUGUAAUAUUUAUUGAUUAUUCACACAGAUUCUUCCAAAUUACUGGUUGUAAUCUAUACUAGGGAAAGUAAAUUUAUUCAUUGUGUGUGUUUAUAUAAUGUAUUACAUCUCGUUCCUCGACCUGAGCUCCCUCUGUCUCCAGCCUUUUUCUUGUUAACCACUUUUUGUUUGACAUGGAAAACAUGGGAGUGAUUUCUUCCCUCUGCAGUAUCUCCAGGACAUUUUACCUUUAUUUGCACUCUUGUUAUGAAGAAUUUCAGAUUCUUUCAGGAUUUUCUACUUUGCUCAUAUUUCUAGAGAUUUAUGGACAUUGCUUAAUCCAGUGAAUCUUCUAUGUUUACCAUGUUUCCCUUCCAGUCUACGUCCUCGUGCUUCGUCUAGCUCCUCCCAAUCAGAGCGUAGCGCCAGUCCACUGGUGAUGAACAGCACCCAGAGUCUUGACAUCAUGCCUCGUUUUGCCAUCUCUGCGGAGGAGGAAGGUAGGACUUAAAAAAAAAAAAGGACGCUUAUGUGCAUUCCUUACAAAUUUACUGCAAUGGAAGACCAGUUUGAAACUCCUGAUGUCUCCUUAUCCUAGACGGGAUGGUUUCCAACUUGAGGCGCAUUCGGCUCCGAAGCAACAGUACAGGCACCAGGCCAUCCUUCCGCAGAGGGGCGUCCAGACGCAUCGCCCACCAGCUGGAGACGCCUGAGAAACCCAAAUCCCCAUCUGGCAAAGUCCCCAAGUCUGCCUCUGUCUCUGGCUUGUCCCUCAUCAUCACUCCAGGUAGAUGCAAUAAUAAAGUCAAAGUAUCGAAAUGUUGAAGAAAUAUAAACAAAAUGUUGUUUUAGCUUUUUGGCUGUUUCUCUAUCAUCAUACAAGGAUAGUCAUGAUUUAGUCUUGUAGUUUUUUAGAAGCACAGCUCUGAUCUGGUGGUACUUGCUCAUACAUUUCGUGUGUUUACAGUGCCCUCUUCAGGCAGAAGUUGUGUAGUUUACAGCAAACACCAUACAGAGAUAAAUACUAAUAAUGAAGCCAAGAUGACUAUAAAUUAUAAACAGUAGAGUAACCUAUCAUUAAAAUGGUGCUUUUCUAGAACUGUAGUAUAUGUUGUUGUUGCCAAAGGUGAAAAUAAUCCUUGAGAAGCAUCACCUGAAGUUCUUAUUUUCUCCUCCUGAUCCAGAUGACUCAGCAGGCCCUCCUACUAGCCCCAAAUCCUCUUUGUCCCUGUCGUCCAACCCCUCGUCCAGAGACUCAUCCCCCAGCCGGGACCUAUCCGUCAGUGUUAGCUGCCUCCGGCCUCCUGUGGUCAUCCACAGCUCUGGGAAGAGGUUUGGCUUUGCACUGCGAGCCAUUAGAGUCUACAUGGGAGACAGUGACGUCUACACUGUUCAUCAUAUGGUCUGGGUAUGUCACUGUUUGAGUGAAAAGUUUUGUGUUGGCAUCAAACUAUAAACCGUAAAAAUUUAGUUUAAAGAAAACCAUUUUUUCUAGACAACUAUCAUGGUCCAGAUUUUAGGAUGAGGCUUGAAGUAACCCGACAUGAUAGUACAUUUAGUUGUCACCAUGGCCAAGAUUUAAUGACAGGGUCAUAUUCACUGAGUCAAUAAGCAUUGGUUUUGAUAAUUUACGGGUAAAUAUUGUCAGUCAUAGUAACAGCUGAUUAUAAGGUUGCUUGACCUGUGAUUUUGAUCCUAAGUAUUAUGUGUUUUCUGUGUCCAUAGUGUGUUGAGGAUGGCAGUCCAGCACAUGAAGCAGGACUGAGGGCUGGUGACCUCAUCACUCACGUCAAUGGAGAGUCUGUUCAGGGACUGGUGCACACAGAGGUGGUGGAGCUCCUGCUCAAGGUACAACUUAAACUUGUUUAAGUAUCUUUAAUGAUAGUUUUCCGAGUUGAAGAACAGAAAAGCAUUCAUGUCCAGGUGGUUAUUUGUCAAACCUACUUUAUAUGCUCUAUAACAUCCUCUCCUAGAGAGACCCACUGCCUUAUACAUACACGAUACAUUAAUGUUAAUGCUCUCUCCCCAACAGAGUGGAAACAGGGUGACCCUGCAGACUACUGCGCUGGAAAACACGUCUAUUAAAGUGGGUCCUGCCAGAAAAGUGAGCUACAAGUCCAAGAUGGCUCGGCGUAGCAAGAAAAGCAAGAGGAAGGACGGACAGGACAGGUACAUGAGCGGAGGACCUCUGAAGUUUAGUGUUAGAAACAUCUGACUGAUGAAAAAAGAUGAAAUAAAAUGAAGUGAAUAAAACUUUAAAAAGAAAAAAAAAAAAAACAUCUGACUAAUGCAUUGGUCAGGAAGAGAGGGAUCCCCUCAUAGAGCUUUCACCGAAACACAACCACCUUUGAAUUCAAGUAGUAUAUUGACUCCUGAAAGUUGAGUCUUAGUCUUUGGGUUUAACCUCCAGUGCUAAGUGGUCUUUGUACUUUAGUAAGCAUGAAAAGGGUUCAAGCCAAGAACUGUUCAAUAAACAUGUCCAACACCUCUUUUAUCUUCACAGUCGGCGGCGGAGCAUCUUGAAGAAGCUAUCCAAGCAUACACCUCCUCCACCCAUGCAAAGCAGUCGUAGCUUCUCUUCAGGUUUCCACCAGUCAUCCAGUGACAGCCUCUCAGGCUCCCCCACACAGAGCCUCUCCCCUGGGCCCUCUACACCCUGUCGCUCCCCUGCUCCGGACCACUCUGGAGGUGAGUCAGGGUGACACUUGCACAUCAAAUAAGGGGAAUUUUAAUCUUUUCUGACUAUAAUGAUUUAUCGACGAGUAAUCAUGGAAAAUUGAUAUCAUCUAAUACCUUUCUCCUUUUAUUCACUCCUCAUCAGACUCCAGUUCUUCUCCUUGCUCCAGCUCUCCUAACUCACCCGUACCACAGGCCCGCCCAAGUUCCCUUCACGUCUUGGGUCGCUACACGAAAGCUGGUCGCUGCAAGUCCACCAGCAGUAUCCCUCCUUCUCCGCUGGCUUGCAUCCCACCUCCUCAGCCCCUCUCUCCUCAGUGCUCCCCAUCCUGCCUCCCCAGUCACACCAAGUCCCUACAGGGCUUCCACGGCAAGACAUUGUCUCCCCCCACUAUUGCUCGCCACUCUGUGCGUCCCCGCAGUGCAGAACCCCCACGCUCUCCGCUCCUGAAGAGGGUCCAGUCAGCAGAGAAAUUGACAGGAGACAAAAUGACAGGAGGUUACCAUGCAGAUAGAAAGGCCUACAGCACCCGUCGCCACACCAUGGAGGUGCCCCUAUCAGAGGGGGAGGGGCUGGAAGACAUGGAGGGAGAUACCGCCACUGGGUUCGUCUGUGUCAGCGAGCACCACCGCUCUACCCCCUCGCCACAACACCGUGGCAGUAAUCAUCACUCCAAAGAGGUAGUGGUGAUGAGGAAGCUGGCUUUGUCGGAGCGACGGGACUCUUUCAAAAAACAGGAAGCGGUGCAGGAGGUGAGCUUUGACGAUCUGGAGGAGAGAGAGGCGACGCCGAGCCCAGUGCCUCCUGUAACGCCGUCAAAGGCGUUCAAGGCAUCCUGGGUUAACCCAGCCCAGCCAGAAUCAAACAUGAAACUAGAAGGAGGUGGAGCACAGGGUACAGCAACGUCACAGAAAGCCAAGUCAAAAGACAAAGAAAGACUUUAGUUCAAUCACUCCAUGAGGGAAAAGGAGGUCAGUGAGGGGUCAGAGACAGAAGGAGACACAAAAAUGAAGACGUCUUUGACCUGCUACUGUACUGACAUUUGAAGGCCUUGCAUGCGUGUCCAGAAAACUGUGAUUAAGUCCCACAACAUGACAAGCAACUUCUCUGCAACAGGAGAGCAAGUAACACUGAUGUUUCACGGUUAUAUAUGCAUCCUGCAGCACUGUUAACAGAAUGACAGCCAAACGAUGUUUACUUCGCGGUUGCUUGUUUUCUCUCUUGGUUCUCGCAUCACUGUGGCACCUGUAACUGAUGUAUUUUGUAAAAAAAUUUUUUUUUUUUUUUUUUUUUUUAAGAAAUUAUUUAUGACUUUUGAUGCUCAUGUUGUUUUUGGGUUGCUGAAAAUGCCUUGGAUGCUUCAGCUGUUAGUGCAGGAAUCGCACAGUAAAAAAAAUAGCCAAGCAAAGACUUUUCAGUGCGGGUCUGCAGAAAGAGGGCGAGUAACAUCUUACCAAUUUUUUUUAUACCUCAAUGCCUACGUAGAGCUGGGUGUCGUUUCAUGCUCAGAUUUGGUCUUUCAAACAAACUUGACAGUGUUUGUUCUGCGACAUGAAAUGUGCUGCCUCUCAGAAGAAAUGUAUUACGCGGAUAGUGAGUGAUGACCAUUUAGACUCAUUGAUCCCUGAACACGAGCCUCGUAUGAACAUUUUAAAGGACAAGAAUAUCAACAACUGAAUACUUGUGAGCCUAGCUGUUGUGCCAAAGCAUGGUUUAACCAUUAAAACAGAGGUACUGUAGUUGUAAAUAAGAAGCUUCACGCAUGUAUGGGCUCUUCUUCCAUUUGCCAUCUGUCUUGUAAAAGAAAAAAAUCAGUGUGUAACUCCUCUUGCAGUGGUUUGUAUCCUAACCUGAUCCGUGUACAGGCGUGUAGAUAAAGCUUUGUGACCACCUUUUGAAACCAGGUUGUUGUCUCUGUCCUCUAAUACCUUUAAUCAAAUCUCCGUCCAGCUCCUAACAAACCUAGUGUAUAGCUGAAGUGUUUGCACAAAGUCGUUGUAGCCGUGAAACAGUUAGAGCACAUUUAUAUUUCAGGAUGAUCUCCUUCUCUGCGAGAUUCAAAAAUUGUACAGAUGCAAGUGACAAAACUGGCUCCCUUGGCUGUUUUUUUUUUUUAACGUGUGUUAUGAAUGAAUGUUUACAUAUUGGUGCAACUAUGUGUGUGGACUCCUUAUGGUUGUGUUAAAUUAUUGUGAAAAUAAGUGAGUGACAGUGGAGUUAAACCCAAGGCCCUGAGUGGAUGAUUGACUAAGUAGAGGUGAUUUCUUUUUGUACAUUUUGAUAUGGAAACAGUCUUGUUGCAGUACUAAUAGUAACCUAUGCUAUGAUGUAUAUUGUAAAAACAAUGGUGGACCUUUAUAACAGCUGUUAGUGGUGUUUUUUUUUGUUGUUGUUUGUUUUUGAAAGUGGCCUUGCAGGGGUAGAUGGACUCAAACAUUGUGUAAAGUCACUGUAAUGUGACAGGGCCUCAAAGCAUUGUGCACGCUCCACAUCCCUUUAUAAUAUUCCCACAAUCAUAUUACAACAUAAUUCAGCCUUUUGAUUUUUUAGCUGUGUAUUCUUUAUUUUCUAUUUUCAAUCCCAUUUUUUUACCCUCUCAUUAUAUUUGUUACAAACAAGUUUUCUUUUCCUCUUUUGUAUUUUCAAUUUUAUAUUUGGGAUUAAAAGAGACUGUUGUGGAAAUUUGUAGUGGAAGCUCAGCACAUACUAAGCCUUGAAAUUGGGUUGUGGAUCAUUGGGGUUGGUAUUAGAGGUUAGAAGUUUGUUCGGUGUACUUAGUGGUAGAAAGAACCGUGUGUCUGUGUUUCAUAAUCACAGAAUUUCUGAUGCAAUAUACAUCCUUAGGAUCUGAUCUUUUUUCCUUUUACAGCUUGUCAUGGUGUCCAAACUUUUUUAAAACAAUCGUUAGUUUUGUGGAAACAGUAUCACUCAUCAAAAUAAUCGUCAUGACAACUUAUCCUUUCCUCUUUUGCCCCUGUGUGUGCGGGUGUGAGUGUUAUUGUGUUACAAACUUCAUGUCAUCACACAGGUGCAUAAAUGUCAUACUCCAUAACUACCACAUUGUGUGUGUGUGUGUGUGUGUGUGUGUGUGUGUGUGUGUGUGUGUUGAAAAAGUUGUUUCUCCCCAGAUGAAAACUGGCCUUUGUGAAACUCUUACCAAGAGGGUAUCUGAUGCAGACUAGUGUGACAUUGUCUGUUUUUUUAUUGUCUUAACAGUGCUUGAAAUAAAUGAAUUGCAAAGGGACUGCCAAGUCCAGAACUACAAAGUGUUUGUCAUGUGUCCAUUUAUAAUAAUAGACGAUGAUAAUUAGUUAUCAUAAUCUUCCAUUGUCCUCAGGCUGACCCUUUAUUCCCUCUACAGCAUUAAAUCAAAAGUCAGUUGAACUAAAACGGUAAGAUUUAAGAGGGCAUCUCAAAAUCUGAGGGACAUAUCUGUACUUAAUGAUUUUAUGGUCCUUUUGUCAUGAUCAAGAUAAAGAGCAUGUUCAGAAGACGUCAAGAAAUCAAUCUCUCCACAUCAGACCUUUUCAGUCUGCAUCCACAGGCCCUUUAGCAACCUCGAUCUGUCCCUAUAUUUAGAUGGGAAAAUGAAUAAAUAAACCCAAGCUGUUUCAAAGGGACUGUGAGUGGUUGAGAGACAGAAACUGAUUCUGACGCCUCUUUAAGACCUUCAAAAUCAAAAGAGACCAUCAGAAACAAGGCUGAUAACUUCUUGGUUGUCAUUUUCAUGCCUAAAACCGCUAUGAGAGGGUAUGUGGUGGGAUACAGCAGCCUGAAGAAACAGCCUUUUUUCACUUUUAACCAUGGCAUUUACUCAGUAAACAAAACUUUUCACUAGUAAAGGACAACAGGAAGAGUUUUUUUUUUUUUUUAAACACUACCUUCAGAACGAGAGAUGAGAGGUAUCUCUGUCCUCAGGGGACACCAAAACCAAUACAGGAACCAAAAGUUCCUCAUAGCAACUGAAGAUAUUUUGAAUUUCAAAA